CGAUUACAAAAUCAAUAAUUGCUACAAACGACAGACCCUGUCAAUGUUUUUAAUUUUAUAUGAUAACUUAUAAAUUCAGUGUACUGUAGUUAGGUACUCUUCAAUAUUUCUUUAUAAUUAUUUGCCGCCAAAGGAGAAGAUGAUAGUAAAUUUGGUCCAGCUGUACGAAUAUUCGCACAACUUUAUAUCCGGUAUAUUUGUCAACAAUUCGUUUGUUUUCUCGACAGACAAUGGUUUGUUAGCGUUUGUAUGUAUUAUUAUUUGUUUAAAUACUAACCAAAAAGUAUGUUAAACUUUUUAACUAUUUCCUUUUUUCAGUCAUUAGAGUCAGACUUAUUUAGACAAUCUGCCGACUACAAAGUGAUUCGAAAAAUACUCCCUUACCCAAAUGAAAAACCCUUUGAUGACAAGAACUUUAAAGAAAUACGUCACCGAAGACCCGUAGUGUGUCUUGAACAUAAUUUAACAGUAUUGCCAAAUAGUAAUGAGUAAUUAUAAGAUUCUAUUUAAUAUUUUAAUAUUAUGUUCUUACCAACAUUUAUUAACAAUGUUAUGGGCUGUCGAUGAACACUAAGUUCCAAAUGAACUUAUAACCAAGUCAAAGAAUUAGUCACGAUUUAUAUAAAUAUUUUUAAUAAAUCUCCAAAAAAUGUCAUGCACUUUAUUAAAUUUACAAAACAAUCAGAAUUUUCCUCAGUUUAUCAAUUCCCCAGUUGGUUAAUAUAUAAUUUGUCUUAUGGGUAGUGUGCAUGUGUCUACCUUGCUUUGGAAUUCCUAUUCUUCUUAUUCUGGUUUUAGGAGAGAGAUGGAACCCAUAACAAUAAUUAGAUAAGACAUAAGGUAUAAUAUGUGUACUUCUGUUAUGUCUAUUAACAAAUGUAUGUAUUAAUUAUGCAUGACAGCUGAAUAUGUCUUUAUUUUUUUUUUCAGUCGCCAUAUCAUUUAUUUGGCAAACAACAGCAAUAUUGUGUUUUUAACAAAAAAUAAUGACGGAUGGCUUGAAAAAUUUAGUGACAUACCACAAAAUUGGUUUUUAGUAUCAUCUAAAACUCCUCAUUUGUUAAAAGACCGACCAGAUCAUAAAUCUUUUAAAUUUAAUAACCAAGUUUUUUAUUAUUGCCGUGAAAAAGAAAAAUUGUUACAAAUUAAAAGUAAUAAUGCUUCAUUUAAUUAGUAGUAUUGAUAUCAUAGAAAUUAAAAUAAAUAUAUAUGUAGGUACAAAUAUUAUAGAUAUUACAAACUUUUUAUUUUGAAACUCCUACUAAAAAUUUUUAAAGUUAACUUAUCCAAUUUUAAAUUUAAAAAAAUAUAGUCAAUGUAAAAUGUUGCAUUAUUUAGAAUUAAUUUUUUGAUUUGAUGGCAGAAGUUAUUAUAUACAUUGUACAUUUUUACAAAAUAACACCUAGUACCUACUCUAAAAGUAACUCAAAAUAAAUUCCAAUUAAUGUUUGAUUUCUCCAUUUAUAUUUUCGAUCUUAACUAUUUAGUAUUUAGGUCAGUUGGACUAUUUGCAGUUUUCAGUUUAAAUUUCAAUCAAAUAGUUAAUAAAAUCAUUCAUUGUCUUAAUGACAGUUAAUCGAUUAGAUGGUUAACAGACAUUUUUCAAUAAACUUAAAUAUUUUACAGUGCACACACAGGCUACUCAUCGGCCACUGGUUAAAUUGUAAAUUUAAAAUGAUUCAAUUUAUUCGUUAUGGCGUUUAUUGCAUAUUUUGGAUAUUAUAAACUAUUUUUGUAUGUUUGAUAGUCCUGUUAGGCACCACAAUGAGUUUAUCAGGAUUGCAUCAUUAGGUAAAUAUUUUUUUCGAGAUGGUCAUCUUGACAGAUAACAGAGAAUGACGGUUCAACGAGUUUCUACUGUAUUUGCAACUUUAUGAUAUUCUGAAUUUUUACUUUUAACAUAAUGAAUAAUUUUCAAAUUUUUUUUAUACUGAAGUGAAUCAUCAAUAUUCAUAACUUAUUUUAGGCAAAAUUAUUGUUUAUUAAUGAAUUAUUAAUAGUAAUAAUAAUAAUUAAUUCGUUGAAAAAAAUUGUAUGUUAUUUGUAUGACUGAAAAAUAUAAUUAUUAUAUUUUUAAGCAUUUAAUCACACAUUUUGUUUUUAUACAGGGUGCCCUACAGUGUUAUCCUUAUGCUAAUAACGCUAAUAUCAAUAUAAAUUGUUUUUAUUCAAUUUGGUUUUGAGCGAAGGGGACACAUAUGUAGAUUAAAAUCAAAUUUUUAUUUUCAUUCCUUAAUAACUGAAAAAAAAUAACUCGUUAUUUUUCAACUUUUAAAAAUUUUCAAAGUAGCAUUUUGUAAAAUAUAUUAUUUUAAAAGUUUUAAUAUAUUAUACAUUAAUAUCUUAUUAAUAGGUUUUGUAGUUAUAGUGGCUCUAAUGUAUAGAAAAUAGGCAUGAAAACAAUUAUAUUCAAUAGAAGAUUAAGAAUUACUGCGGGAACCAUGUUAUUCUAAUACAAAUUGUUUUCACCUUAAUUUUCUAGAAAUUACUGCUAUUACUGAUAAACUAUUAAUUGUAUAUGAAUAUAUAUAUAUUUAAAUCUUUAGAAUAAUCUUUUACAAAAUUGCUAUUUUGAAAAUUUUAAAACGUGAUAAUUAGGUUCAAUAUGUUCAAUAAUUAAGGGUUUAAGAUAAAAAUUUAAUUUUUCUCUACAUAUAAGUCUCCACACAAAACCCAAUUUAAAAAAAAAAUGACUAUUGAAAUAAUUAUUAGCAUAAACAUAACACUGGAACAUUCUGUAUACUUAAACUUGUUUUAUAUGCAUUCCUUAACAUAUAGAUACAUUGGAUAAAUCAAUGAUAGAUGCAUUAAACAUUAUUAGUUAUAACAUUUAUUUAUAAUUAUUUAUUUAUUUAUUAUAUUGCAGAUUUUGUUUUUACUCAUAUCUUGAAAUAUGAAAAUGGACUUGCAGUUUAUGGAAUAAUAUGUUGUCACUUAAAUAAUGUAUUGACAUUUUGGUCAACUAAAUUAGAAAAGUCUUUAUUUUUAGCAGAGAAUGAUUUCCACAAUAGUUCUAUAAGACAUAUAAAAUGGUUUCAAAUUACUGAUGAAUUAUGUAAUUAAAUAAAAAAUAUUUUUUUAAAAUUAUUUUCAAAAAUUAAAUGAAUAAAUAGUUUUAAAUACAUAUUUUAUGUAUUUUUAUUUAUUUUUCAUUAGCUUGGUUAUUAGUUUUUUUGGGAAAUGGUCAAGUUUAUGUUUAUGAAAUAUGCAAUUAUCCUCAUGUACAGAAUUCAUUUAGUUUGUGGUUAGAUGAAGAUUUUGCUUGUGUGAAAAAUAUUUUAUUACAAAAUAUUUCAAAUAAUCAAUGUCUAAUAUUGUUUACAAAAAUGGCAUAUGUUGUGAUCAUAUUGUACUCAUUAACUGAAAAAAAGAUUGUUUCUACAAAAAGAGAAAUGAUACCUAAGACAGCCAUUAUACCAGGUAAUUAUUAUUGUUUUUUUCUUUAUAAAUGAAUCUAAAUGAUUAAUUCUUAUUUUACUGUAUUGAUAGGUUUUACAUUUAUAAAAGACAAACAGUUGCUGAUUCUAGUGACAGAUGUUGGUAAAUUUGUUUGUAUGUAUUUAUCUACCACUGAAUCGGAAGUCAAUUAUACUAUAAAUAUUGUAAGUCAUAAUUUUAAUGAUAAAGUAAAAUAUUUUACUUGCAAUUCAGUGGUAUUUUCAAAAAAUCAAUGCAUGUGUGCUCUUACAUUUCAGUAAGUUUAAUUUAUUGGCAAUUUUUUGAUUUUAUAUAAUUUAUAAAACAAUAUACUCUAGGUGCAACAUGCCCAGAUAUAGUAAAAAUGAUGGUCAUGUCAGAAACAAAGUAGUACUUUGUACAAUUCCUGAAAAUUUAGUGGAACUUGAGAGUAAAAUUUUAUUAGUGAACAACUAUAAUUAUGGUGAUGUUAUUGAUUGUAUAGAAACUCUAAGGUAAUUGAUUCUUCUAACCAUUUAUUGUUAUUACCUAUUUUAUUUACAUUUUUUACAGAAUCAAUAAAAUAAAUGACAAAUCAAAUGAACUAUAUGAGGUUGAUAGGUCAUGGUUAGACAAAUGCCCUAUCCAGAAUCUUAAACUUAUUUACUGGAAAAUAGUAUUCAAAAGUAAGAAAAAUGAACAGGAUGAAACUAUUUUACAAGAACUACAAAUGUUACUUCAUGUACGGUUUUUGACCAGUAAUUGCAAUGAGAAAAAAAAAAUUAAAAAUGAAGAACAGUAUUAUUAUCGUAUAAUGUUAUCAAAUUAUUCACAGAAGCUACCUGCAGAAUAUAUUCUUGUUAAAACAGAUGCUGCUAAAUUUAUUCGUUCAUUUACCCAGGCCGACCAUACUUACUUUUGUACUACAUGUGAACAAAUGAUAUUAACAUUUACAGAUUAUACAAUGUUUAUUUGUGAAUUUGAACAUAAAGAACUUAGGUGUCCUGUUACUUUAGGACCACUUGGUAUUCCAUAUUUAGUGUGUUCCAUGUGUUUUACAAUGGCUAAUGUUACUGCAAGUAAGAAUUUAAUAUAAUAUAGUUGCAUUUAAUUAAUGUUAAUAUUAGGUUUUCAAUAUGGAAAAUCUGUACCCUUCUUUAUUCUUCAUUAUUUUCAAUUGUGUACAUUUGGUAUGCAUAUAAUAGCUAAAUACUGCUAUCUUAUUACUUAUAAUACUUAUAUAAUAAGUAAUUGUGAUUAUUUUGUUACAGAAAAUCAAAGCUGUGUUUGGUGUUUUGGAAAAUAUAUACCUAAUAAAUUACUACAUUAAUUUAAAUAAAUUGUAAAUAAUUGUAAACUUUUUGUACAUACAAAAAAUGGUUUAGAUAACUAAUUGUAGUAACUCAAAAAUAAAUUACAAAUUUUAUA